GUUAACUUGAAUCUCGGCCAGCUACAUAGAAGACGAUGGACGCGAAGACGUUGAUACUGCUGACCGUGGCCGUGGCCAUAUUCGCCUGCCACACGAUCGCACAGCCACAUUACAUUGAGGAUUCGGAGGAAUCAGCGGAAUGGUGUCCACCAGACAAUAAUACCGAUAACGACCAUCCGAAUAGAACCGAUCACGACUCCGCCCUGUGCGCCAACUUCCAGCACAUUCGCGCUAUGAUCAAUCAGGAGGCCCUGCUCAACCUGAUCGAGGUGCACUACAACUGUGACCUGAAGUUCCGCCGCGCCAUGCGGUACUACAACACCCCCGGAUUCGAGAGGACCACCCAGCAGCUCACGGAUACGGAUGCCUACAAGACCGUUCUCAAGGAACUGCAGUCGGAGAGCGUGGAUACCGCCGACAUCGAGACCGUGGCGGACAUCUUCCACUGCAUCAUCCUGCCCGUCCGCCAGCCCGACCGCAACUGCGACUGCAAGGCCGUGAAGCACCACACCUUCGUCGGCGACCUGCUCGCCAUCAUGCCGAAGCAGGAGGUGCACAACUAUGUGGCACAGUCCCAGGCGAACCACACCAACUUCGGCAACUUCACCAGGGCGGUGGUCUCCAAGCAAUUCCAGGCCACGCUCAAGGCCAACAUUAACAAGCGCGACGUAGUGAAGCCACUGCGCACCCUGCGCAAGAACGGCUGGGACAUCCCGGAGCUGCUCCGCGCCAUGCUGACCAUCUUCCAGUGGUGAGUGGAGCACUCGCAGCCGGAGUGAAGUAUUCAAUGUGCCUCCAUUGUAUGUAUGUAAGCCCAAUAAAGCAACAAGUGAAAGGAAACAGUUCCGCAGAGGCGAA